GGGGGAGGAGCGUGGCAGCGACGGCGGCGGCUCCGGAGGACGAGGGCGAGGAGGAGGCGGAGGCUCUUCUUUCCUCAUCCCAGACCCGGGAGCGUCCGGAACGCAGAGCCCGGAACUGGGGGACGCGGCGGCUGCAGGGAGCCCGGGCUAGAAUCUCCCUGGGGAAAGACAUGACUGUUUGCAAUGAUACAUCCUGACAAGAAGUUGAUACCAGAGAAGGAAAAGAAAUUGACAGCUAGUAAACAGAAUUCAAACAACCAGGACUUUGUAUUUAUUAUUUCCAACUAUAGACUUCUAUUGCCGCUUUUAAAUUAGCAGGAUUCCCAGAACUUGGACGAAGAUAAUUUCUUCUGGUUUUCGUUUGUUUUCUCUCUCUUUUUUUUUUUUUUUCUUUUUUUAAAAUUUGAUUGUGAGAAAACUGAGAUGUCUAGGAAACAAAGCCAGAAAGAUUCAUCAGGAUUCAUUUUUGAUUUGCAGUCCAAUACUGUACUGGCCCAGGGAGGAACCUUUGAGAACAUGAAGGAGAAGAUAAACGCUGUGCGUGCGAUAGUUCCCAAUAAGAGCAACAAUGAGAUCAUCCUGGUUCUGCAGCACUUUGACAACUGUGUGGACAAAACAGUGCAGGCGUUCAUGGAAGGUAGUGCCAGUGAAGUACUCAAAGAAUGGAUAGUAACUGGCAAAAAAAAGAACAAAAAGAAGAAAAGCAAGCCAAAACCUGCAUCAGAAGCAAGUAGCAGCGCCCCAGACUCCAGUAAGUCCGCACCCGUUCAAGAGGAGCAGCCUGCAUCUUCAGAGAAAGGCAGCAUCAAUGGUUACCAUGUAAACGGUGCCAUCAACGAUGCUGAGUCUGUGGACUCGCUCAGUGAAGGUCUGGAGACACUUUCAGUAGAUGCCAGAGAGCUGGAGGACCCCGAGUUUGCCGCAGCAGAUGCACUGGACAGAACUGGAUCUGUGCUGGAGAAUGGUGUCUCUGACUUUGAGCCCCAAUCUUUGACGGCGUACUCUGUCUCGAACGUCCAACAAUCCCGGAACACUGCCAGAUCUCUCUCCAGAGCCACCACAGGAGCACAGGUUUCAAAUCUGGGAAUGGAGAAUGUUCCACUCUCUUCCACCAAUAAAAAGCUAGGCUCUAACAUCGAGAAGUCGGUGAAGGACCUCCAGCGCUGUACUGUUUCUCUUGCUCGGUACCGAGUUGUCGUGAAGGAAGAGAUGGAUGCGUCCAUUAAGAAAAUGAAACAAGCCUUUGCCGAAUUGCAAAGCUGUUUAAUGGACCGAGAAGUGGCACUGCUUGCUGAGAUGGACAAGGUGAAAGCUGAAGCAAUGGAAAUCUUGCUCAGCCGGCAGAAGAAAGCAGAACUUCUGAAGAAGAUGACAGAUGUGGCUGUCCGGAUGUCAGAGGAGCAGUUGGUUGAACUCAGGGCUGAUAUCAAGCACUUUGUUAGUGAGCGUAAAUAUGAUGAAGACCUUGGAAGAGUAGCACGGUUCACCUGUGACGUGGAGACUCUGAAACAGAGUAUUGAUGCAUUCGGACAAGUGUCUCAUCCAAAGAACAGCUACUCAACCCGAUCUCGAUGCAGCUCAGUGGUUCCUGUGUCCUUGAGUGGUCCAGGUGAUGGCUCUGCUGCUUCCUCCUCCCCCGAUCCCUCCGCUCCCAGCCUCCCAGGUGCUAACAAGAGAAACUGUGCCCCGAGAGAGGCAUCUGCAGCCACGACAAACUCCAGUGACCGGCCUUGCCCAGCUCAUCGAGAGGUGUCUUCGGGCAACAGGAGAGGAGGGCAAGGCUACAGGACACAAGGCCAAAAGACCGAGCCCCCGAGCCAAGGGCAGCGUGACAGCGUGGGUCGCUGCAGAAACAGCUCCAGGUGUCAGGGUGCUCCACCGCAAGCCCCAGGAAACUCCAGCGAGUGGAGCCGCCCUUACUCUGCAGGGACCAAUGGAACUGGAGCCUGCUUGGAGCCUAGCCCACCCAAGCCUUCAUUCAAAAAGGGGCUCCCACAGCGCAAACCAAGGGCCUCUCAGGCUGACGCUUCGAACUCUUGAAAGGAAUUCCAGUUGGCCUUCCUCUCCCAUCCAGUUCAGCCUGAUAACUGGACUUUAGGAAAUGUAUACGUAGAUUUAAUAACAAAAAGAAAUUUAUGCAUAUCUCUUUGGGCCACCCUAAAUAUUUUUUAUUUCUUCUUAUUUUUUGAACGAAAGCUGUUUUCCCUGGCCUCUCCUAGUGAUAUGGACUGACUCUGGUUGGUCAUGUUCACUGGGAACCAGGGCGGCUGUUGCCAGCUUUCCCAAAGGUGAGCAGCCUCCUUCCCAGCACCUCCACUGCCUCCCACAGGCUCUCAGGAGGAGGAAUGGCAGCGCCAGUCCCGCCUCCAACUCCGCCUCCGCCUCCGCCUCCGCCUCCGCCUCCGCCUCCGCCUCCGCCUCCGCCUCCGCCUCCGGGCCAUUCAAAGCAGAUGCCACAGGUGCCCGCCAUGUUCCCUCGAGUUGACAGUUUGCAGUGUGAUCGGGGUUGGAAUGAGGGAUUUUAUACAAUACUGGCUCAGCCAGAAAAGGGAAAUGUGUGUUUAUGAAACAGAGAGAGCACAGGGGACAUCUGAGAACCUGCCUCUGUCUGGAAUGUGCCUGAGAUCUGACGCUCAAGUCGGGGUUUCCGUCCACACUUGGCACCCUACCGUAACCUGCAGUUUCUUCCAAAUGCCCAAAGCCUUGUCUCCUCUUACCUUAGGCUGAAACCCGGUCUAAGGAAUUCUGUGGGAAAGUAGCAUUUUAAGUUUUUUAAAAGAAAAAAUGUUUUUCUUUGUUUCCGUGUUUGAGGAUUUUUUCUUUGUUGUUGUUGUUAUUGUUCUCCCCUCUUUCCUGAAUCCUGUUAUGAACCAAAUUUAUAUAAUAUAAUUAGUGUUAAUCUAAGGUGUUACUCCUCACAGUUGUUGCGAUCAUCUUUAUAAGUGAAUAAAUAAAAGCUAGUGCAUCA